AUGGCGGCGCAGACAGUCUCAAUAUGUAAAUUCGUCGGAACAAUCACCCUGGGAAUCGCAACAGGUGUCUCAGCAACUGUCUCCACAGUCGCCCUCCCCGCCCUCCUCGCUCUCCCUACCGCCAUCAAUGCUCGAACAUCCCUAAACUACCUCUCCACCAAAUCCACGAACCUCUCCUCAUACCUCCGCCACAUCACAACCUUUACUCUCUUUUCCGCCUACUGUCUAUCACCAAGACGGUUCCGCCAUCCUUACCUACUCUACACAUCCAUCUUCUCAUUCGUCUCGGGACCCGGUGUUGACUAUGCCGUUAGCUUGACGGCAGGCGGUGACGAGAAGCGUCAAGUAAUGGAGUUGGAGGCUCAAGGUGAUGAGGUCAAUGGUGAGCAGGUCCGAUUGGCGGUCGAGAGGAAGCAAAAGGUUGAGUGGGUCAAGACUGGGCUGGCUGGUGUGGCUUUUGCCAUGCAGGUCGUUGGACUGUGGGGUGACGGCGCGUAG